UCGGAGCUCUGGCGGCGGAGGCAAAGCAGGACCGGGCGCAGGGGGCGGGAACUAGCGCUUGGACUCAGUUCUCAGAGCGCCAGCGGUCAGGGAUGCUUCGGCUACUGCUGCUGUGGCUCUGGGGGCCGCUUGGUGCCCUGGCCCAGGGCGCCCCAGCCGGGACCAUGCAGGCCGAGGACGUGGUAGACCUGGAGUUUUCCACCGAGCGGCCGCUCCAACUCGUGAGUCCCUCGUUCCUGUCCAUCACCAUCGACGCCAGCUUGGCCACCAACCCGCGCUUCCUCACCUUCCUGGGUUCUCCAAGGCUUCGCGCUCUGGCUAGAGGUUUAUCGCCUGCAUACUUGAGAUUUGGUGGCACCAAGACUGACUUCCUCAUUUUUGAUCCCAAGAAGGAACCGACUCUUGAAGAAAGAAGUUACUGGCAAUCUCAAGUCAACCACGACAUUUGCAGGUCUGAGCCGGUCUCCGCUGAGGUGAUGAGGAAACUCCAGAUGGAAUGGCCCUUCCAGGAGCUGUUGCUACUCAGAGAACAGUACCAAAAGAAGUUCAAGAACAGCACCUACUCAAGAAGCUCGGUGGACAUGCUGCACAGUUUCGCUAAGUGCUCGGGGUUAGACCUGAUCUUCGGUCUGAACGCCUUACUGAGAACUCCAGACUUGCGGUGGAACAGCUCCAACGCCCAACUGCUCCUCAACUACUGCUCUUCAAAGGGUUAUAACAUCUCCUGGGAGCUGGGCAAUGAGCCCAACAGUUUCUGGAAGAAAGCUCACAUUUUCCUUGAUGGGAUGCAGUUAGGAGAAGACUUUGUUGCGUUGCAUAAACUUCUACAAAAGUCAGCUUUCAAAAAUGCAAAACUCUAUGGUCCAGACAUUGGUCAGCCUCGAAGGAAGUCACUUAAGUUGCUGAGAAGUUUCCUGAAGGCUGGUGGAGAAGUGAUCAACUCAGUUACAUGGCAUCACUACUACUUGGAUGGACGCAUUGCUACCAAGGAAGAUUUCCUGAGUCCUGAUGUGCUAGACACUUUUAUUCUAUCUGUGCGAAAAAUUCUAAAGGUGACGAAGGAGAUGAGUCCUGGCAAGAAGGUCUGGUUGGGAGAGACCAGCUCUGCCUACGGCGGUGGGGCGCCCUUGCUGUCCAACACCUUUGCAGCUGGCUUUAUGUGGCUGGAUAAACUGGGCCUGUCAGCUCAGCUGGGCAUAGAUGUGGUGAUGAGGCAGGUGUUCUUUGGAGCGGGCAACUACCACUUGGUGGAUGAGACCUUCCAGCCCUUACCUGAUUACUGGCUCUCUCUCCUGUUCAAGAAACUGGUGGGUCCCAGGGUGCUAAUGGCACGAGUGAAAGGCUCAGACAGAAACAAACUUCGAGUUUAUCUCCACUGCACAAACAUCUACCAUCCAAAGUACCAGGAAGGAGAUUUAACUCUGUAUGUCUUGAACCUCCAUAAUGCCACCAAGCACUUGAAGCUGCCAUACCAACUGUUUCACAAGCCAGUGGAUAAAUACCUCCUAAGGCCUUUUGGACCUGAUGGGUUGCUUUCCCAAUCUGUCCAGCUGAAUGGUCAGACCCUGAAGAUGGUGGAUGACCAGACUCUGCCAGCCUUAACAGAAAAACCUCUCCGUGCGGGCAGCUCACUAGGCGUGCCUGCCUUUUCCUAUGGGUUUUUUGUCAUAAGAAAUGCCAAAAUCGCUGCUUGUGUAUGAAAAUAAAAGGCAUGCGGUAGCCCUGAGACAAAAAGCGGCCGGGUGUUAUUCAGAAGAGUGGAGCGAAACUCCAGCUGUAGGAAGGCCGACUCGUUAUCACACUUCAGGGCUGGGGAGGGCUGAAGGAGUGGGGUGAUGGCAUCUAAGGAGAACACUGCAGGUGAUGGCUCCUCGUGCCGAAUGAUGCUUAGCGCUUUGCACACAGUGUUUUGGGGGUGUUAAAAAAAUGUACGGGAGUGCCUCCAGUAUGACCCAGAGGCCAAGGAAGAAGAUGUCCUGAUUUGUUUUAAAGCUUUGUUUCUGUUCUAUUCUUACUGUUAUGGCUA